AGAUUGUUGUCGCUGGAAAGAACGGUGUGCAGCUUCACAUCUGGGACUUUUGUGGUUUCGCGGUGCGGCUGAGCUGCAAGUAGAUGGUCCAGAUGUGGACCAGACUGUGUCCGACGUAAGAGUGGGGCAUCAUGGGAGUGACGGGCCUGCUGUUCCGCUGCGCUCUGCUCUGUGCUGCAGCUUGCAGUGAACGGGUGGAGGUUCAUACUGAGCGGAGGGGUGUGAUCUACACUCCGUCAUGGCCUUUAAACUACCACCCUGGGAUCAACUGCAGCUGGCAUAUCCAGGGAAGCCAGGGAGAGGUCAUUACCAUCAGCUUCCAUAGCUUUGACAUCGCAGAGUCAGCAGGAUGUAUGGGAGACUGGCUUUUGCUGACCCCUAUGUGGAAUGGAGAAUCCAGGCUCUGCGGUUCUACACUACCUCCUCCCUUCAUCUCCACCAGGGGGCAUAUUUGGCUUUUAUUCCAUUCUGCUGCCAACAGUUCCGGUCAAGCUCAGGGCUUUCGGCUCUCUUACAUCAGAGGUCGCCUGGGUCAGAGCAGCUGUCAAUCAGACGAGUUCCUGUGUGGGAAUGGGAAGUGUCUUCCACGAUCAUGGAAGUGCAAUGGCAUGGAUGAAUGUGGUGACGCCAGUGAUGAACACAACUGCUCUCCUCCUCCCACCCAAGCCCAUGCUGGUCUCUGCCCCUUUGGUUCUUUCCCAUGCACCGAAGCCCAGUCCACCCGCUGUCUGCCCGCCUCGCUGCACUGCAACAGAGCCGCAGACUGUCCUGAUGGCACGGACGAGCUCGGCUGUCCUGACACAACCUGUGGCAAGCAUCUGGGGAACUUCUAUGGCUCCUUUGCUUCCCCUGAUUUCUUCAGAACAAACCGGAGUGCCACGAGAGAGCUGAGGUGUUCCUGGAUGCUGGACACUCAGGAUCCGAAGCCCAUCGUGCUGCAGCUGGACUUACAGCUGGGGCCUGGAGACUUGCUGCACAUCUAUGACGGCCUCGUGCAGCGGGCAGAGCAUCUCUUACAAGUACUGUCAUAUCAUAACAACCGGCGCCCGGCAUUGUUGGAGUCGAGCCGCGGACAGAUGAGUGUGCUGUACUUGGCACAGCCUCACAGUCCUGGACAUGGAUUCAAUGCCACAUAUCAGGUCAAAGGUUACUGUUUCCCAGGGGAACGCCCCUGUGGCAGUGACCAGGGUUGUUACUCUGAACGGCAGCAAUGCGACGGCUACUGGCACUGCCCGUAUGGCCGCGAUGAGGAGGCCUGCCCGGUGUGCCCGGAUGGAGAAUUUCCCUGCGAGGCCGAUACCGGUUCCUGCUACCCGGCCUCGGAGCGGUGCAACAACCAGAAGAAGUGUCCCGAUGGAUCAGACGAGAAGAACUGCCACGACUGCCAACCUGGCAACUUCCACUGUGGGACUAACCUGUGCAUCUUUGAGGCGUGGCGGUGCGACGGUCAGGAGGACUGCUUAGACGGCAGCGAUGAGAAAGACUGUCUGGCAGCAGUGCCGAGGAAAGUGAUUACAGCUGCUCUGAUUGGCAGUUUAGUGUGUGGCCUUCUGCUGGUCAUUGCACUGGGCUGUGCACUCAAACUCUACUCCCUGAGGAGCAGAGAGUACAGAGCUUUUGAAACUCAGAUGACUCGCAUGGAGGCGGAGUUUGUUCAUAGAGAGGCUCCUCCCUCUUACGGCCAGCUGAUCGCUCAGGGUCUCAUCCCUCCUGUGGAGGAUUUCCCAGCAUACAAUCCCACACAGGUCUCUAUGUUACAGAACCUGCGGUUGGUGAUGCGUCGGCAGAUCAGACGUCACGCAGCGCGGCGCUACACCUCCUCUCGUCGGCGUCUCGGCCAUCUGUGGAGUCGCUGGUUUCACUGUGGAACACGCAUCAGAAGCCACACCCCGUUGCUUGAAUCCCCUGCACCCACCUCAAACACUCUGGGGCUCCGCAGCUUUGACAUCGGUGCAGAGCAGAGGUCCCACACCAGACCGGAAGGCAGGAACGAGUGUGACGUGGGCGCCAGUCAGACGUGGGCCUCCUGCAGCUUUACAGCUAUGGAUGUGGAGCUCCGAAGGUCAGAUGGCCUGUUGUCGCCACUGUCCUCAGCUGUGGACAGUCUGGAAGAGGAGGACGAACUAUCAGCUGUGUCCCCACAGACGUGUAUUAGCAGGGCGCCACAGUCUGAAGCCUCCAGCCUGGGUCCAGGUGGAUCCACAGCACAGAUUGGACUGGCUCUUACAUCCCCAGAAUGGUCUGUACCGUCAUGUCACUCGCGGACCUCUAGGAAGCUGGUUCUGGAGCUGGCAGUGAACCUGAAGGGUGUUUCCCUGAGACGGUACUGCCCUCUGGGACCCUUGUCUACUGCCUCAGCCCCGGUGUUAUCCAGCGGCUCUCAGACCCCCAUGACCCUCACUGAUAUGCAGGAAAGUGAGGUGGCUCCUCCCCAUAAUCCUUUGUCGUCUUCUGUGAAAACAGAGGACUGUAGCCUGGAAGUGCCAAAUGUGGAGACAAGGAGCAGGACAGAGGGGAGCAGGAACCAGCUUUAGGAACGAGGGAGGAGAAGUCUUCAGAAAGCCUCUCAUCUCAUGCUGUGGAGACUCGGUUCUGGCAGUGUUUGCUCUGCUAAAGUGUCCUUCAAAUGAGUCCCAGUGAAAUCAUCAGGUGCUGAGGUGCAACCUUCAACCUCGUGGUGUGUUCACAAUAUUGCCGUUUUGCGCCACACUGACCCUUGCAGAGCCUUGCCACCCCAGCACUGUUGGUGUCACUAUACUUUCUUUUGCUUUGCACCGGUUGCCAGCAUUGGCCAUGUCUCAGCUCAAGCAAAUUAGUGUCACUUAUUUCAGACUUCAGAACUAUUUUUAUAACAAACUGAACAUCUACAUUUGAAAGUUGAUGUUUCUUCAUGCAGCUUUGAUUUUUAUUCUUGAAACUAAUUUCUCAGAAAUUCCCACGUCCAUAUUAUUAGCGUUAGCCUCCCUCCGUUGGCUACUUUUUUUUGCAUUUGCAGUUUAUCAAGGUCAAACGAUAUGAAGUUUCCUUGCAAGACUGUCGCAACGUCCCAUGUACACAUGGAGGAGAUGCACAUAAACGUUUCACCACGAUAAUGUGAAUACAGCCAUCAAGAUCAGUCUGACGGCAGAUUAUAACACGAUACUACCCAUGUGCAUGACGAAAGUCAGGGUUACAUCAAUCUGACAUUUGACCCCACUGACCUUGACUUUGAUGUUUGACCUAAAUGUUUGACCUCUGGCUGACCUUUCCAGGAUGGCAGGGCCAUUAUGGAAUCCACCUUUGCCAAAGUGAGGGCAAUGUGAGGUCAACCUUCAUCGACUUACCAAGUGUGGUAGAAAUUAGCAAAUGGACCUGAGGGGUUGGCCAACAAACAGACAUGACCUUGACACCAAUGACUGACCUAUGGCAAUUCUAGAACCCAGCACCAUAUGUGUGCCAAAUUUGUGCAAAUUCGAAUAAGAAACCUAAUUUUUGAUCUUUGACAGCAAUAACCUUGACCCCAGUGAUUGACCUUCAGUAAAUUUCAUAUCUUGUAAACAAUUCCAGAAACCCUACAUAUGUGUGCCAGGUUUGGUGCAAAUCAGUUUGAAAAUCUUAAAUUUUGACCUUUGACCCCAAAGAUCUUCAACUCAAUGAUUGACCUUUUACAAAUUUGUCACCUGGGCAAUUCCACAACCCACCUACAAAUGUGGAUUGUUUGGUGGAAAUCGGAAUGAAGGAAAAAAAUUACCCCAAUGACCUUGACCUUUGGCAAAACACCUCUUUUUCGGAAAAUUCUUGGGUUAACCUUCAUCCAACAUACCAAGUUUGAUGAAAAUAGGACAAAGCAUCUGGGAGAAGUAGACGAACAGACUGACAGACAAAUUAUAGCAUGAUAUGGUUGUGAGACUGGUCUGUGACCAACACACAUUCAAAUUCUGUAAAAAUGACUCUACUGCUGAAACUAUUUUGAUUAAAAUUAAACAUGAAUCAGAUCAGCCUUUGUCUCUAACAAGUUGCCUCACAGCGAUAAGGUCAUGGGAUCGAUUCCCACCUGUGGCCUUUCUGUGUGAAGUUUGUAUGUC